GUUCUAUAAAAGUCCACCCCGGCGCACGUGACUCCUCUCCGACCGACAGCCGCCGCGCAGCCAUCAUGGAUACGAGUCGUGUGCAGCCCAUCAAGCUGGCCAGGGUCACCAAGGUGCUGGGCAGGACCGGCUCGCAGGGACAGUGCACGCAGGUGCGCGUGGAAUUCAUGGACGAUACGAGCCGUUCCAUCAUCCGCAAUGUGAAAGGCCCCGUGCGCGAGGGCGACGUGCUCACCCUACUGGAAUCUGAACGAGAGGCUCGGAGGCUGCGCUGAUCUUGUGGCUGGGCCCUGGAUGUCUGGGUCGACCACUUGGCUCACAGGGAUGUUCUGCAACUGUUAAUAAAGCAUUUCUGUUGUAUGUAA